GCUCAUUUGUAAAUUUUAUGCGAAUUAAAUUCAAGUUCACGCCGUGCCCGGGUCACGUAUGGGCUGUAGCUGUUGGGCUCGUAUUUGGCUUGGACUUGGCUUUUGUCUCGGGUGUCUUGCAAGCCCACAAAUUUGCAUUUCAAAAUUAAACGACAUUAACAUGGAUAAUCGGAGCAGCAAACACACACAAAACCAGAGCAGAGCCACAGCCAGCGUCAGAGCUAGCUGGCCAGAGCCAGUGUUUGCAAAAAUCUUUUAUAAGUUCAUAAAAAGAAAAACGAAUGCAAAAAAUUAAAUAAAACAUAAAAUCAUAAAGAGAGCCGAGAGACGCUGCCGAGAAGUCAGCUUACUUUCGAGCAUCUCUUGUUGUUUGUGUCGUAUAUAAGGAUGGUUUUGUUGCUGUGACUAAACUAUAACCAAACAGAGCUUCGAACGGUGAAAAUCAGCCGCGGCAGGCCGCCAUCCAUAGCACACUUAGAAGAUCCUCUCAGCAUGCGCACCCUGAUGUCCAUCUCGCUGCUCUUCAGCAUUAGCCAUGCCCUGAACAACGCCUACCUCCCGGCCAACAGUGACUACGCCCCGAAGCGCCCUUUGGCUACGGAAUACUUCACCUACGCAGCUCCGCCGGAUGAGGAUCAGGCAGCGCCCUGGCAGGCAGCCCGCCAGUUGGCCAAGGCCCUGGUGCCGCCCCAGCAGGUCGUCUUCAUCCGCACCCCGGAGACCAAUAUCUUCACGCUGACGGCCAAGCAGCUGGCUUCCCAGAAUCCACUGGAUAUUUAUGUGCUGCAGCGACAAGCGGACACCGCAGCCCUGGCUCAACAGCAAGCCGCCAUCCAACAGCAGGCGGAGCACAAGCCCUCGGUGCACUUUGUCAAGUACCGAACUCCCGCAGAUGUCACCCGGGCUCUGGCCAGCCUGAGGAGCGGCUACGAUCAGCUGCCCGGCAACAGUAUUAGCCACGCCAUCGAGACAGCCGACGUCUUCGAGGUGAAGCCCCAGCUGCAGACAUUGAGUCAGCCUGUGAUACCCCAGACUGUUCGACCACCUGUCCCCCAGACAAUCCGCCAGCCGGAGCCUGUCAUUUUCAAGAUCCUGCCGAAAGGUGGCUCUGACUAUGAAGUGCACGAGGAGGCCACAGAACUGGAGAUGGCCCGGCUGCAGGCACUGUUCCGGGAAUACCUGCCGCCAGGAAAGCACCGCUAGGUUGUAAGUAGAA